AUGUUUCUCCCCCUGCGCCGGCUGCUUGCCUGCGACAUCUCCUCCUGCUGGAGCAAAGACACAGGAGAUCAACCCCUGUACAGCUGUAGCAAGCGCGUCGUCAUGAAGGAGAUGCCUUCCGGUAGCGAGGGCUUCGACGGAGAGGCAAAGAGCAGCGUCGACGUUGCCGUCGAAGGGCUCGACGGCGGUUCGGUCUGGAAAGGGGACGCCGCCUUUCCGCGAGGAGGCGAGGCAGCCCCCGCGCACGCCACCGAUGAUGAUGCUCUGAGAAACGGCGGUCCAACGGCAACGCGGCCGCACGAAGCAGCAGAAGCAGCAGCAGCAGCAGCAGCAGGAGCAGGAGGAGCAGCACUCGAACCACCAGCAGAAGCGGAAGCGCCCCCCGGCCUUGACGCUGCUGCUACUGCUGCUGCUGCUGCAGGAAUAAGCCCAACUGCCAACGCUGCGGCUGACCCUGCAGCAGUCGGUCCGGCGGCCGCCCCCGGAGACGGAGAUGCAGCUGCUGCUGCCCGUCAGCAGGACCUCGCCAUGGCAGCCGCCGUGGCCUCGUCAGCCGCCACAGCGCGGGCGAUGGUCCUGGACAUGGACGACGACGGGGCGCAGCCGAAGCGCGUGAACCUCCAGAACUACGCCAGCCGCGACUCUGGGGCUGUGCUGCUGGAAGCGUCGCCGGCGUCCAAGGGGAUGCAGAACCUGCUUCUGGACAGCAAGGACAAGUACGCGAUCUCCCCCUGCGAAGACAAGCAGUGGGCCGUGCUGGGCCUCUCGGAGGACAUCCUGGUGCGCAGCUUGGUGAUCGGCAGCCACGAAAAGUACUCCUCGCUGCUCAAAGAGUUUCAGGUUCUCGCCAGCCAAACCUACCCCGUUAACGAGUGGUUGGACCUGGGCACGUUUACGGCCAAGUUCGUCCAGGGAGAGCAGACGUUCGAGAUCCCUCAACCGGCAUUUGCGAGAUACCUCAAGUUCAAGUUCCUCUCCCACUACGGUGACGAGUUCUACUGCACGGUGAGUCAAGUGAAGGUGCACGGCUCCACCAUGCUCGAGAGCUUCCAGCAUGAGUGGCAGCAGAGCUCUGCGGAGGUCCGGGAAGUCCAAGACUUCAUGAUGAAGAAGGACCCCAAACCCUCUGCCGUAGCGACGGUGGGGGCGGGCGCCGGGGGCGAGGAGAGCGCUGCUGACACCACCGUCGAGGCGCUUGCCUCCGAGGGCGGCGGCGGCGCUCAUGGCCCUACCGGCGCCAGCAAUGUUGAGCCGGCUACUCCGGGCAGCGCGCCGAAGUCUGCGGGGGCGCAGACGGCACCGUCCGGCGACGGUGCCGUUGAACACCGACCGCACGCCGCUUCGGCCGCUACGGUAACACCGGGCGGCGGCAGCAGCAGCGGUGCUGGCGGCGCCGCCGCCGCCGCCGCCGGCCCGGGAACCGUGACGGUCGAAGACAUCGUCCGUGGAGUCCCCGCCGAAAUGGUGGUGCCCGCGCCGAUGGCGACGUGCGUGGGGCCGACGGGAGCGGACGGGACCUGCAGGGGGGAAGUCUUGGCCCAGAAGACGGCGGUGGGGGCUGGCACUGCUGCUUCGUUGGACGCGAAGGUGCCCACCAUGGGCGGGGCGGGAGUACCCGCAGAAGGAUCGCCACCACAGGACGGCGGUAGAAGCGGCGAGGGGUUGCGGGCUGCUGCCGCUGACGGGGGCGCUUACAGUCGGGGCGUAACAACCGCAGGUGCUGAUCACCUAGACCGCCCGAUAGGGGCGGGGGAGGGGGGCCCCGGCGGAGCGGGGACAGAGGCGGCUGUGCAGCCGGCGAACGAGGAGGCGACUUCUGCCGCCGCUGCCGGUCACGGCGGCGCGAACGAUGGGGCCGAUAAUGAGCAUCUUUUGCCCAAGGAUGGUGCGAGCGACGGUUCGCUUGCCGAGGGGAGACUCAAGGCAAGCGUAGUGAGCAGGGGGGAAGGGGUCAAGCCUAAGGAAGAAGACGGCACCGCCGGUCCUGCGGCGGUGGGGGAGCCCGUUGACGCGAGCGGUGGCGGCGGCGGCGGCAGCAGCGCAUCGCUGUCGAGCAGCGACCCAGUCGAAGGGGAAGCGCAGGUCGCUUCUUCUGAACCUCCAGGUUCUGCCAGCGUCGUUGAAGGGGCAAUAGCCAACAGUGGUUCCGCUCAGGGAGACGUCGAUACGGUCCCCAAAAGCGAUGCUGGACUGGCAGGUGCAGGCGGUAGCGAGCACCUUCCCGCGACGGGGAAGCCGCUGUCGAGCAACGGUGGUGGUGUCAACGGGGUGCAUGCCGUUUCCGGAGGUGGCGGUGUUGGGGACAGCGGUGCUUCGGCGUCUGGCGGUAGAGGAGAGGAGCGCGAGACCGACGGCGGCGGCCAACGCAGCGAUCAUGCACACGCCGGAGGAACCGUGCCGAGACCACCGGCCGACCAGGUAAACAGCGGAGCGACCGCUGCGCGAGCGGAUCCCGCAAGCCCGGCAGAUGAUUAUCCGGGCGGAAGCAGCGGUGGCGGACAGCAGGCAGGACCUGCCGGUGCUGCUGCUGGUCUUGAGCCAGCGAACGGAGGUGAGCAGCAGCAUUCUGCUGCUACCGCCGGCGUCGUAUCGUCUUCGCCAGAACCUCCUGGCACGUCGAAUGGUAGCCAGCAACAGCGCGAAGGUUCGACGACGACGAUAUCGGCGGGGGGGGUGGGGCCGGCGGCGGCGGCGGCGGACGCAGACCACGCCCCCCCCCCGGUGGUGGCAAUGGCGCCACCGCGGGAGGCGGAGGGCGACUCAUUGACGCAACAACAGGGGCGCGGCGGCGACGGCGGCGACGGCGGCGGGCUCCCGCCGGCGACGGCCCAGGGGUGCCACCACCAUGACGCAUCUGCUGCGUUGGGACGCGACGGCGGCGGCGGUGAGAUUAUAGAGGCUUCUUCUUCGCCGGUGGUGCUCGUCGAGGAGACGGAUGUGGCGGUGCUGUCGACGGCGGCGUGCCUGGACACGCUUAGCUUCAGCGAGUUCCGCGAGGAGGUCCUGGCGCGGACGCAGCAGGCCCAGCAGUCCGCGGGCGGGGGGGUGGCGAUCGGCGGGCAGUACGAGAGCAUCUUCAAGACGCUCAUGAACAAGAUCAAGACUCUGGAGAUCAACCAGAGCCUCUUCGGUUUGUACAUAGACGACGUGCACGGUUGUUACCAGAACGUCAUCGCGCAAAUGAUUCAAGAGCAGGAGCGAGCGCGAGCUUCGCGCUCGCAGCUGCUCAACACGCAGGCGGCACACCUUGCGCACAUCGGCGACCAGUGGCCGGCCUUCCAAGAGUUGCAGGCUAAGGUGGCCGAGGUCGAGAACCGGAUGCUGCUAAGCUCUCUGGCCUGGUUCACCAGCCUGUUCUGCUUGGUCCUCAUCGUUUGUAGCUGCUGCCUUAAAGCUUGCCGCCGAUACGCCUUCAGCGAUGGUGGUGGCGGUCGCAGCGGCGGCGGCGGCGGCGGCGGAGGCCGUCGCCGGAGUGGAGGAAGACGGGGGUGCUGCGCCAGCUGCAGCCCGAGCCGUGGAGCGCCGUCCAUGUGCUCGGCGGACGUCGCUGCCACCCCGGCUGCGAACAAGGUGCUGCACUGGCGACCGAACGGCGGCGUGAGCGAGGAUGGGGUACUGUCGAGCCCGGAGGUUUCGAGUUGGGAGCAGGCGGCGGCGGCGGAGCGGGGAGGAGACGGAAGAGUUGUUUCCGAUUUUUGACGCGAGUCGUUCCUUCACCGUCCGGGUGUGGUUGCGCUUUUUGGUGGUACAGCAGUGUAUGCGGGUGUGGCGAUCUAGCGUAGUCGUGGUCUUGUGGGUGUAUCCAAUGGUGUGUCUUUUUCCAGUUCGUUGUUUUGGAGCAGCGUCCAAGGUCAAGAUGAAGCGUGUGCAUGUGCUCCGAUCAAGGUACGAAUGUUGCAACAGCAGCACUCGCCCUUGUUUCGCGCUACUUACGAAUCAUGGUUUUCAUGAUUAUCGUGUGUAGGCAGCCCACUACAGCAGUAACUGUUUCGGGGCUCUCGUAUGUCUUGGAAGCGGGGACGGUCCGUAUGUUAUGGCCAGCUGGUGUGAUUUUUGUUGUCUGUUGGGCGGGAAAAAAGACCACAACAGAUAACUACUAGAGCAGGCUCCACCGCAUCAUGAUUUUUCUCCUGUGUCAUCACACGCAAAAGCCCUGUUUGCUUACGUUGGUAUUUGAAUGUUUCUUUUGUUCCGUGCGUGCCGUGUCCAUGUGCGUGAUAAAGAUACAGGCCGUGGUGGAUUAGUUGCUGGGUUCUUGUGUUCCUUGUUUGUUCCCCUUUCGCCACCCUGUGUCACGGCAUCGACGUGUUUCGAUGAUCAAUGUCUCCCUGUUCGCGAUGAUGAUGGUGAUGAUGACGACGUUGUGGGAUAUUUUUUAUGAGAGUAGGGUAAUUUCGUGUCAAUUAGAGGCGUACGAUCCUUGACCGGGGCAAGGUAUGGUUGCUGCUUAAGCGUCAUAUUUAUGACCAGAGUCACACAUGUACUUGUUGUUCAAUCCAAGUCAUCAGUAACACGGUGGAUGGAGGUCGAGUUAGUACCUCUGUAGGCGCUGGUAAGGGAGAAUGAAAACCGGUGCUUGUGUGGGAAGGUUUCGAGUAGUUUGAUGUAUGAUGGAGAAAGAGCAUGCAUGUAUGUUGUGGUGAUGCCGCUCGCUGUAGUAGUAGCACUUGUUGUCAAGGAGUUUUGGGAAGGAUAACAUUAUUUCACUUUUGGGAAGAUUACAAGGUCCAAGCUUGUAAACCCGCAACACACCGUGUGCUGCUGCUCGUAGACGUGUCUGCAAAGCAAUACCGAUCAUGUUGUGUAGAACGCUCAAGAUUUUAAAGACAUUUAAUUUGAACACUAAUCUAGAGGACUUUGCCAGG